UGUCUUGCUGGCUGGUUGUGGUGCUAGCUGGCCUUCGAACGCGGCUUCCCUUGGUAGACAGGGAUCCGGAAGUCCCCACUUGCCCUCCGCCAUCAUUCGCCGCAGUCCCAAGUGGUCUCCGGCACGGCUCUGGCUUCCUUCCUUCCCAACCUGCUGGCUGGCCCUACUAUACUGCCACUAACUCCUCUUUCCCCUACUCUCUGCUCUUCUUCUCCUCUUCUCCUCGCCGCCAAUACCAUCAGCCCGCAUCUCCCUCUCCCAUCGCCUGUGCCUGCGCCUUAGUGACGGGGUCAUUCUUUCACCAAGCCGCCCCAGCCACCCGCACAGCGACCCUGGACAUUGACCUCACCCGACGUGCCAUGGCCCACUGACCGUGCAACGCGCAACCGUCACCUCCCUGCACCCGGCCAACUCUCCGAACUCCGCACACCAGAGUCGCCCGCUGCACCCUCGCAUCGAUUCUGUGCAACCGAUAUGACGCAGCUCUUUAACUCGUCCGCAUCAAGUCACUCCACCAUGGCCGAAAAGACGGAGAAACGCACCUUCUCGGGCAAGGCGCUGUCCACCAACAAAUCAGUCAAUGCAAAGGAUGGCCAGGUCUCCCAACGGAUCAAGAACUUUUUCCGCAUCAACAGCAGCAACGACACCCGCAAGCUCUCCGACGAGGCAAAUCCCAAGAACGAAAAGUCUGGCUUCCGCCAGUCGAGGUUCAUUCCCCACAUCUCGCGCAAUCGCUCGCAGACUGUCGCCAGCGAAGGCAACCCCUUGGAUGACAGCGUGUCGCCUACCGCGCACGCCAACCCAUACUUCGCCCACCAAGGACCACCGGCCCUGCGCCAUCACAACGCCGGCAGUGUACCUCCAUCGCCUCCAGACACCCCUGAGGUGCCCAAGACGCAACUAAACGGCGCAGCGACUACCGACGACCACGCCACGAACGCUGGGAAAGAGGAAUUGGCUAGGAAACUACGAAGGGUAGCUUCCGCACCUAAUGCCCAAGGUCUCUUUUCCUCGGGGAAGAACACUGAGAGACCACAGACCGCAGAACUUGGCAAGCAGCCUGUGCUACACCACCCGAAUUCGUCCACCUUGAGCAUGGUCGAGACAAAUUCGCAAGAUCCAACUCAUCUUCUACCAAUAGAAGCUGGCAAACCCAUACCCUCGGCAGGCCAAAUCCGCCAGUCUGUGGCUUUCAGGAGAACCUACAGCUCCAACUCUAUCAAGGUCCGCAACGUCGAAGUCGGACCAGGGAGCUUCGACAAGAUCAAGUUGAUUGGCAAGGGCGAUGUUGGAAAGGUAUACUUAGUACGGGAGAAGAAGUCUAGCAGGUUAUAUGCUAUGAAGGUGCUGAGCAAAAAGGAAAUGAUCAAGCGGAACAAGAUCAAGCGUGCCUUGGCCGAGCAGGAAAUUCUGGCAACCAGCAACCACCCUUUUAUCGUUACUCUAUACCACUCUUUCCAGUCCGAGGAUCAUCUCUACCUCUGCAUGGAAUACUGCAGUGGUGGUGAGUUCUUCCGAGCGCUGCAAACACGACCAAACAAGUGUGUCGAUGAGGAUGCCGCACGCUUCUAUGCGGCUGAAGUCACAGCUGCCUUGGAAUACCUCCAUUUGAUGGGUUUUAUCUACCGAGACUUGAAGCCAGAGAACAUCCUUCUCCAUCAGUCUGGUCACAUAAUGCUGUCAGACUUCGAUUUGUCGAAACAGUCUGAACCCGGCGGUCGCCCGACCAUGAUCCUCAGCGGCCGAAGCGGUACAUCAUCAAACAAUCUGCCUACUAUUGACACAAAAUCGUGCAUAAACAACUUCCGAACCAACUCGUUUGUUGGUACCGAGGAGUACAUCGCGCCAGAAGUCAUCAAGGGCUGUGGACACACGAGUGCGGUCGAUUGGUGGACCCUUGGUAUCUUGAUAUACGAGAUGUUGUAUGGAACUACGCCUUUCAAGGGCAAGAACCGCAAUGCGACGUUUGCCAACAUUCUCCGGGACGAGGUACCCUUCCCGGAGGGUUCUGGCGCGCCGCAAGUAUCGAAUCUCUGUAAAGCAAUCAUUCGUAAACUCCUGAUCAAAGACGAAACCCGACGCCUCGGAUCUCGUGCUGGCGCUUCCGACAUCAAGACCGCACCCUUCUUUAAGACAACGCAGUGGGCCCUACUACGGCACAUGAAGCCACCGAUUGUCCCUCACCAGGGCCAAGGUAUCGAGACGCCCAACUUCCGGAAUGUUAAGGAAUCCCAUAGUAUUGAUAUUGGAGCAGCAAGGGUCCAGGGCGUCCCGCUAGAUUCAGGUCUCGCUACACCCAUGGGCGAACUUGCAGAUCCGUUUGAGGAAUUCAACAGUGUCACUCUGCAUCAUGACGGAGAUGAUCACCAUCAUCAAGAGAGUCAUGGGCAACGGUAGACUGGGAGUAAUCCGAACGAAGACGUAAAACACGUAGUGUGCUCAUCACAGCACCUGAGUACCUCCUUUCUACGGGAGGGCUUUCUCUUGACUCCACUCAUUUGUUGCGAAAGGAUCAUAGACAAAUGGGCUUCUUACUCAUCACAGCGGCGUUCCAGGGUAUUGGGUCAUCCAACUUCUUCGUUUCUCGAUCGCGCCGGAGAUUUCUUCAGGGCUUUUUUGUUAUCAAUCAGCAUCUCAUUUUGCUGGAAAAUUAUCUCUGGCGUUGUCUGUAAUUUUUUGUU